UCCUCCACCUCCUCCCACUCCUGCUAGCUCGCGCUCCGGCUCCAGCUCCGGCGCCGGCUCCGGCUCCUCCCGGCCGCCGGGGGCCAAGGCGACGUGAGGUUGUAAAAAUCCAUGUGGGACGGCCCCUGGGCGAGCAUCGGAAAGAUUUCUGAUUGGAUGCAUUUUCUGGUACAGACUGAAAAGAAUGCAGUAAAAAUUCUGGCCAACAGUGGAAAUAUUGGCUUAAUCUCCACUUUAGUAUAGCAUUCCUUCUCUUCUGUAGCACCUCAUAAUAGAAGAAAAAUGUAUGGAAGUGCAAGAACAAUCACCAAUUUGGAAGGUAGUCCUUCCAGAUCUCCUCGUUUGCCAAGGUCUCCCCGUUUGGGCCACCGAAGAACAAGUAGUGGCGGAGGUGGAGGAACAGGCAAGACUCUGUCCAUGGAGAAUAUCCAGUCCCUUAAUGCAGCCUAUGCUACAUCUGGACCCAUGUAUCUGAGUGAUCAUGAAGGGGUAGCUUCAACAACUUACCCGAAGGGUACUAUGACUCUGGGAAGGGCCACAAAUCGAGCCGUGUAUGGAGGCCGAGUCACAGCUAUGGGGAGUAGUCCCAAUAUUGCUUCUGCUGGGCUUUCCCACACAGAUGUCCUCUCAUAUACAGAUCAACAUGGUGGUCUGACUAGCUCAUCCCAUCAUCACCACCACCAGGUCCCCUCCAUGUUGAGGCAGGUAAGGGAUAGCACAAUGUUAGAUCUUCAGGCCCAGCUCAAGGAACUUCAGAGAGAGAAUGACCUCCUCCGGAAAGAGCUUGACAUCAAGGACAGCAAGUUGGGAUCUUCCAUGAACAGUAUCAAGACCUUCUGGAGUCCCGAGCUCAAGAAGGAGAGAGUCUUGAGGAAAGAAGAGGCAGCCCGGAUGUCUGUCCUUAAGGAGCAGAUGAGGGUUUCCCAUGAAGAAAAUCAGUUACUGGAUGCCAGAAGAACCAAGCACCUGCAGUUGACAAUCCAGGCCCUUCAGGAUGAGCUGCGAACCCAGAGAGACCUCAACCACCUCCUGCAGCAAGAGAGUGGCAACCGAGGUGCAGAGCACUUUACCAUUGAACUGACUGAGGAGAACUUCCGGCGGCUCCAAGCCGAGCACGACAGGCAGGCUAAGGAACUAUUCCUAUUGAGGAAGACCUUGGAGGAGAUGGAGCUGAGAAUUGAAACGCAGAAACAGACCCUUAAUGCCCGAGAUGAGUCAAUUAAAAAACUUCUUGAGAUGUUGCAAAGUAAAGGUUUGCCGUCCAAAAGUCUUGAGGAUGACAAUGAACGGACGCGGCGGAUGGCAGAGGCUGAGUCUCAAGUCAGCCAUUUAGAAGUGAUUUUAGAUCAGAAAGAGAAGGAAAACAUACAUCUUAGAGAGGAAUUACACCGAAGAAGCCAACUUCAGCCGGAGCCAGCCAAGACGAAGGCUCUCCAGACUGUCAUUGAAAUGAAGGAAGCUCCAAGUUUUAAUUUUGAUCCUGAUUUGAUCUGGCAGGACACAAAAAUUGCUUCAUUGGAGCGAAACAUAAGGGAUCUUGAGGAUGAGAUCCAGAUGUUAAAAGCCAAUGGUGUGCUAAACACUGAGGACCGUGAAGAAGAGAUAAAACAAAUAGAGGUUUACAAAAGUCACUCCAAGUUCAUGAAGACCAAGAUUGAUCAGCUGAAACAGGAACUUUCAAAAAAGGAGUCAGAACUUCUUGCCUUACAAACAAAGCUUGAAACCCUUAGCAAUCAGAAUUCAGAUUGCAAGCAACACAUUGAAGUGCUUAAAGAGUCACUUACUGCCAAAGAACAGAGGGCUGCCAUCCUUCAGACUGAGGUAGAUGCGCUGAGAUUACGACUAGAAGAGAAAGAAUCUUUUCUCAAUAAAAAAACGAAACAGCUGCAGGACCUCACCGAAGAGAAGGGGACUCUGGCUGGAGAGAUUCGAGAUAUGAAGGAUAUGUUAGAAGUGAAGGAAAGGAAAAUCAAUGUCCUUCAAAAAAAGAUUGAAAACUUGCAAGAACAACUUAGAGAUAAAGACAAGCAACUGACCAAUCUGAAAGACAGAGUGAAGUCCCUGCAGACUGAUUCCAGUAAUACAGAUACUGCACUGGCAACUCUUGAGGAGGCUUUGUCAGAGAAGGAAAGGAUAAUUGAACGUUUGAAAGAACAACGAGAGAGAGAUGAUCGGGAAAGACUAGAAGAGAUAGAGUCAUUCCGAAAAGAGAACAAAGACCUGAAGGAGAAGGUCAAUGCUUUACAAGCUGAACUGACUGAAAAAGAGUCUAGUUUAAUUGACCUUAAGGAACAUGCAUCUUCAUUAGCCUCAGCUGGGCUGAAAAGAGACUCCAAAUUAAAAUCUCUAGAAAUAGCCAUUGAACAAAAGAAAGAAGAAUGUAGCAAAUUGGAAGCACAGUUAAAGAAGCAAGCUGAGCAGUUGUUCAAUCAGAUGUACAACCCAAAGUCAAUUAGGAAUAAUGGGAAACAAGGGGCUCAUAAUAUUGAAGAUGACUCCAGGAUGAACCCAGAGUUUGCAGACCGAAUAAAACAGCUUGAUAAAGAGGCAUCUUAUUACCGUGAUGAAUGUGGCAAGGCCCAAGCAGAAGUUGACCGGUUGCUGGAGAUCCUCAAGGAGGUGGAGAAUGAAAAGAAUGACAAGGACAAGAAGAUUGCAGAACUUGAGAGCUUGACUUUCAGGCAUAUGAAGGAUCAGAAUAAGAAGGUGGCCAAUCUCAAGCACAAUCAGCAGUUGGAAAAAAAGAAGAAUGCCCAGUUACUUGAAGAAGUCCGCAGGCGAGAGGAUACCAUGGCUGACAACUCUCAGCACUUGCAGAUAGAGGAACUGAUGAAUGCACUGGAGAAGACCAGACAGGAACUGGAUGCCACCAAGGCACGCCUUGCCUCCACACAGCAGUCCCUGGCUGAAAAAGAAGCACACUUGGCCAACCUCCGGAUAGAGAGGAGAAAACAGCUGGAGGAGAUCCUGGAGAUGAAACAGGAAGCACUGCUUGCAGCAAUCAGUGAAAAGGAUGCAAACAUUGCCUUGCUGGAACUUUCUGCCUCCAAAAAGAAAAAGACGCAGGAAGAAGUCAUGGCCCUCAAGCGGGAAAAAGAUCGACUAGUGCAUCAGUUAAAGCAGCAGGUUUAUAGACCUAGGAAACAGCCCCUGAGCAUGAACAUGCCAUGUACUUGUGAUGCUGGCUACAGCCCAGAUAUUACUGCCAAGUACCACGGGUCCAGCUACGAUGCAUACAUGAUCCAAAGGUCUCAGACCCAGAACAGGAUGAAGCUGAUGGCGGACAACUACGAUGAGGACCACCACCACUACCACCACCACCACCACCACCACCACCACCGAUCUCCUGGGAGGUCGCAACAUUCCAAUCACAGGCCCUCUCCUGACCAGGAUGACGAGGAGGGCAUAUGGGCAUAGCCGGGCCUGUAAACCAAAGUUCCAGUUUUGUUUUGAGGGAUGAUCCAGCUCUGUCGGAGGCACGGAGGCACAGUCAAAUCUCAUGCUGUACAUUGAUCACCUGUCCAACCUUUGCCUAGAGUGGGAGCCCCCAGUUCCUUCAAGAGAUCCAACUUUACCUGUCUGUAAAGAAGAAGAGGAGGAGGGAGACAGCAGGGAGGAUCCGGUGGCAGUUUAACACCAGAGCAGGUCCAAUGUUUACUCUUACCCUUUUGGAGGUGGGUAACUGCAAAUGCCAUGGGAGCUGGGUUUCAGAUACUCUGAAUAAUGAUCUCAGAUUUGGGGGCUCACAUGUGCUUUGUGUUUUGCUAGAGUAUAGAGGUUGCUGUUUUCAUGUUUAAUUCAUAGCCAGACUGUUCCGUGAUUCCCAUUAGAAUAAAACAAGAAUCCAGGUUCAUCAUUAACAUGAUGUCUGUGGUCCAUUGGCCUUGAGUUUUUUGUGUCUUGCUGUGUGGACAGAGUAGAGUUCAUUCAUUGGUUCCUAUUUCAUGAUUAUUAUAUUUAUCAUUUGCUUUUCAAGGUCUGUGACUUUCAACAGCCUUUCUUAUUUUGAAACUCUGAAUUUUGAUGUUUUGAAUCCCUCCCUCCUUGGUCAUUCUCUUAGACCAUGAGAUUCCGAAUAACUACUGAACAGACAAGAUUUCAUUUAGGGCUACCCCUUGGUGUGUAAGUCUAGUUCUACACAAUCCUGGGCUAUGUCUAGCCAGCCUUUUCCCUAAGCAGAAUAUGACUCUAUGACCUUGUAGGCCUCAGGCAAAAAGGCUUCCUAGUGAACCUCUACCCACCCCCAAUACCCCAGACCAUCCCUAAGUGUGGACUGCAUGUUGUUGGUUGGGCCAUGAUAGGAACUUCUGAGUGGAUGGAUGUAUGCACAUGGAAACCGCAGCCUCACAUGUAGAGGGGCAGAGUAAACCCUCACACCCUGGGUGCUUCUUGCUUAGUGGUUUGUGCCAACAGUCCUAGGUCUGAAGCAUAUUCUUCCUCAACCUCUUCUUAUAGUCGCUGUUUUCACCAAAUGCUGUGUAUGUGCUUUGGGCCAGGGUUAGCUUUAUUCCUGAAUCCAAGGAAAGUUUAGUUUAAUUUUCAGUUUUGGAAUAGCACCAACAGAUGCCUCACCACUUCAUAUCCUUUAUAGACUGAGCAGAUAAUUACUGCCUACACAAAUAAAUCACAUACUUUUGCAAAAAAAAAAAUCUUUGAAUGACAUUUGAUUUAUAAUUAAACUUGGCGAUGCGGUCUCUGAAGUGUCUCAUCUUGUCUAAUCACAAUGAUCUAUUUCCUUUCAGAGUAAUUAUGGAUAUAGGGGUUAGUCCUCUUGUUAUCACCUUAUAAUAUGGUGAAGGGAAUAAUUUAAUAAAAGAAAAAGAAAAAUUAGAAUAAAUGAUUGUCGGUUUGGGUCAAACUCAAACCACUGGUUGUUUCUAUUUGUUUUGUUUGAAAAAUAUUUUUAUGUCCCUUCUUUGACUGAUAUAUUCAGUAAACAGAUUUAAAUAUUGGCAUCUAAUUGCCCUGCCUGGACCAGCAACCUGCUUCCCAGACCAAGGAACUUGUUAGAAAUGUACAGCCUUAGGCCCCACCCAGACCUACUGAGUUAGAAACUCUGCAGGUGGGGUCCAGCACAGUGCAUUUGAAUGAGCUUCCUGGUGAUUCUUCUGCACGCAAAAGUUUGAGAACUUUUGGUUUAAAACUUAUGUAAGUGCGUGAGAUGUGGGUAUUAAUAGGAGUUUACGUCUAGACCUUUCAUCCAGGAGCUCAUGAUCAAGUCAUCGGCACAAAGCAUAAAUUCAUCAGACAGGCAGAAUGAUCUUUAUAAAAUGUAAAUUACAUCAUACACUCACUUCCUAAGUCCCUCCAGGCAGUUCUCUUUGUACCCAAAAUAAAUAGAAAUCCUUGGCUAAGGCCUUGAAGGUCUGACAUGCUCCCUCUCCUGUCUACCUGCCCAGCUCAUCUGGUGCUACUCCCACCCUCCCCGAGUGCUCUCUCACUGGUCUUCUUUCUGGUCCUCAAACUUGCCCUGGUCCUGUGCUGUCAGCAGGAAUGUAGAGGAAGAGGGAGGAAGAGAGAAUUACAAAGGUUAAAAAACAGGCUUGGUUACCAAAGUGUUAUUUGGCACAAUAUUUCUAAACCAAUGUCCCCGCUGGUUAAUAUAUUAAUAUGCUGAUACUUAGAUACAUUGACUCAAUAGUAUGCUAAAGUGAUAAUACUACUUGUGGCCCCAUCUUAUAGUGGAGUAGGGUCUGAAAGGAUUCUGCAUCAUUAAGGAAAUAUUCAGUGUAGUUUAGUGUAACCGUAGUGUCAAGUAUUUGUAUCAAUUUCUCUUUCUGCGAGUUGGCUGGGCAGGCACAGUGCUCAGCCACAUACCACACAUGGGAGCUGAAUAAACGUGAAGAUACCAGAUGCUAAAUAUGAAAUCAUCUGUGUGGCACCAGAACAUUGGUGGAACCAAUGUGUGCAUCUUGCUGUCUUAGCGUAGUUUUAGGAAAGAGUGUGAUCAUGUUUGUUAGGUUUUAUCUUUGUAAAAAAUUAUCUGUGAAUGCCAAUUUUGAUCUGUGGGAUAUUAAAUGUACCAUGUGAUUUGGGAACAAAGCAGCUGUUUAAAUUUUUAUUGAAUGUGAAAAAAAUGGUCUCUCAAGACUCUCUCCAUAACAAGAAAGCAGAAACAUAUAUUUUAAAUAUGAUUUGUCAAAAAAAAAAAAUCUCAAAACUUAGAUUUGAGGCAAAGGAAUUCUUUUUUUUUUUUUUUUUUUUUUUUGUCUUUUUGCUAUUUCUUUGGGCCUCUCCCGCGGCAUAUGGAGGUUCCCAGGCUAGGGGUCGAAUCAGAGCUGUAGCCACUGGCCUACGCCAGAGCCACAGCAACGCAGGAUCCGAACCUCCGAACCGUGUCUGCAACCUACACCACAGCUCACGGCAAUGCCGGAUCCUUAACCCACUGAGCAAGGGCAGGGACCGAACCCGCAACCUCAUGGUUCCUAGUCGGAUUCGUUAACCACUGUGCCACGACGGGAACUCCGAGGCAAAGGAAUUCUUAAAGAUUUAGGACUACUACAGCCAAGAACAGGGCCAAUUGUUUUUUUGUUUUGUUUUGUUUUGUUUUGUUUGUUUUUGUCUUGAUUUUGUUUUCACUCUCUACAGCUUUCACGGUAACACGCUAAUUUAUUUUAUAAGUGUAGCAUCUCUGGUUUGGGGCAUUACUUGCUUUUAAGGGAGCUUGUCAUUUUAGAUCUUUGGAAGAAGAGGAAAAGGUUGGUUGGAGGGGCCAGCAAAAAGAGUGGGUGGUGGAGGUAUGCCUGGUCCUGGUGGCCUUUCAUCUUCAUCUUGACUUCUAAAGUUUAAGGUUCUUCCAGGAAACAGGCAAGCUUCCUCACUGUGUAAGUUCCCUGGCCAGGAAGCCCUUCCUAUUGAAAGGCAAAGCUAGUCUGCUGUAGGUGACUGGGGAUGCACCAUGAAUGCCCUGACCCUGUCCUCAUGGAGCCAUAGCCCAGCAAAUAUCUAUAUGAAUAAAGGUGCAUCUUCACACUUUGAAAGGCAGUGUGUGGGAUGAGGCUAUGAGAACAGAGAAGGAGGCCCUCGCUUCUUUUUGGAUACACAGUUGAAGCUGAGAAUCGAAGGAUGAUCGGUUGUUCAUUCAGUUGUGUUGUGAGGUUGGGAGUGAGGAGGAGUGUCCCUGGGGAGCUGGGACUCUGCCUAGAGGCUGCCACAGCAGAGAAUCUUCUGAGCAACCAUAUGGGUGAAAACACCCAAAGACUCACUGCAGAGUGAACCCCAGGGGAGAACAUCUUGCCUCAGAGACUGAGAUUUCCCAGUGUCCACCAACAGUCCCAAGACCACUGUGCCCAGGUAUGAGGCCAGCACCUCGGCAUUUAUUUCUCUUCCUUUUGUUGGCUUCUCCAACUCUCUCAGAGCCUCUAUUCUGAGAUUCUUCCUUUUGGGAGCAGCCCCUUUGUUCCUUAAGAACAAAGCUUCCUGGAGGGAACAUUUACCAUACCCUCCAAGCUUCUUGAGUGGCUUUUAGGGAGGCAUUUUAAGCAUCUUCAGAGAAUCUUACUGGUUAUGGCCAACAGCUCCUAGGAGUAGGGAACUAUCCACACCCACUGCCUUCUUGACCCAGAGUCAUUAUUAACUGUCCCAUCCAUUCUAAGCAGGACACAGUUGGAGGGCAGAUUCUCUUUCUGGUUUUGUCUGCUGCCUAAUAAGCUAACUUUGCUUAGAUCUGGCAUUCAGAAAUUGCUGACAAAUGAAAGAAGAGAUUGUACAAAUCCAAAUGGCCGUGCAUUGCUGAGGCUUGAUUUUAGGAGUAUGAAAUAAAAUUGCUAUCUGCUUCAUUCAUUUCAUCCACCCAUCCAAAAGCAGUUUUGAGGACUUCCUGUGUCAUUGUGCAGCCGAAACACAGUGCCUGGCACAUGGUGUGUUUAUGGGUGAUGCUGGCUAUUGUAGAGGAAAUGCAAAGCUAACUCUGACUUCUGAAUCCCUUUGUGAUUUUGUCCCGCUUGAGUUUUGCGAGAGCCCCAGCUGUUCCUCCUCCUGUCAUUUAGCAGUAAUAGUCCAGGGUCCCAGCCUCUGAAGGUGUCUGCUUCUCCUCAGGGAGGCAGAGCUUGGCCAUAGGAGAGAACUUGUGGCACGAGUUCUGAUUUUAGAGUGCCGAAGGACAGCUCACUUGUUGUCUGUGCAGCGCCUGGGUGAGCACAAAAUGACAAGGAGUGGUUAAACUUCAGGGAGGUCUGGGUAGCUUUAAAAAGUAGUAACCUUGCUGUACAGUGGGAAAAUUAAAAAAAAAAAAAAAGUAGUAACAAUUUUUUAAUAAAAAUAGUCACUUGACUCACAGAUUUUGAAAAACUUAUGGUUUCCAAAGGAGACAAGU